AAUAGUCAUAACUUGCUAUGCUAGUGCCGCUGUCAAAGCGGGAAUGAAGAAAUCAAGUUUGUUGAUUCCAAGUGAUUGUACCCGAGUGCUACGCGGCCUUAUAAAUUAAUUUCACCAGCCACAAUGCCGCCGAGUAGCCUUCGAGUAGUGUACGCGUUCGCUAGAGAAAUGCAUCCAAAAACAACCGACGUAUUCAUACAAUACGGCACUGCCGGAUUCCGUACCAAAGCCAGUCUCCUCGAACAUGUAGUUUAUCGUAUGGGACUCCUUGCAGUUCUUCGAUCUCGAGUCAAAAAUGGUCGCACAAUUGGCAUCAUGAUAACCGCGUCGCACAACCUUGAACCCGACAACGGUGUGAAACUCGUCGAUCCAGACGGUGAAAUGUUGGAACAGAGCUGGGAAGAAAUUGCAACGAGGCUCGCUAAUGUCAGUGACAAUGACUUAGAAUCAACAACCGCGGAAAUUAUCAAACAAGUUAACUCGGACAUGACUUUAAAGGCAAGCGUCUACAUAGGAAUGGAUACAAGAUAUACAAGUCCCCGCCUCGCCGCGGCUGCUGUUCACGGAGUGAUGGCACUGAAGGGAACGCCGAAGGAAUUCGGCAUCGUUACAACGCCCAUGCUACACUUCUGUGUCAAGUGUCGCAACGACAACACUUACGGAACGCCCACAGAAGAAGGUUAUUAUGAAAAAAUCGUCGGGGCCUUCAAGAACAUCUCUCAGAAGUUACCGGUGGUCGGUAACUACAAUACUACGCUUUAUGUGGACGGCGCUAAUGGCGUCGGUGGGAAGAAAUUGAACAUCAUCAAAAAGAGUUUAGACGGAGAACUUGAUCUGGUUCUCUGUAACCUUGGCGGAAAUGGCGGAAAGUUAAAUUUGAAUUGUGGUGCGGACUUCGUCAAAGUAUCCCAGAAACCACCGGUUGGAAUUGAGCAUGUGCCUUUCCAAAGAGUGGCGUCACUUGAUGGGGAUGGAGACCGCCUUAUAUAUUAUUACGUGGAUGACAAGAAUGAAAUCCAUUUACUUGACGGAGACCAGAUCGCGAUCCUCCUAGCGAGCUACAUAACAGAGUUGUUGAAGUCAUGUGGAGCGCAAGAGCUUCGCCUCGGACUCGUUCAGACCGCGUACGCUAAUGGUGCCUCCACACGGUACAUCACUCAGGAACUGAAAAUUCCAGUGACGUGCGUGAAGACAGGUGUUAAACAUCUCCACCACGCAGCGCUGUCGUACGAUAUCGGGAUUUAUUUCGAGGCGAAUGGUCACGGAACUGUCGUUUACAGUAAAGAAGCCAAGAAUGUAGUCAGGAAGAUCGCUGAAGAAGGAGAAGCAGAACAACGCAAGGCAGCGCAGCUGUUGCUGAACUUCAUCGACGUGACCAACGAGACGGUGGGCGACGCCAUAUCCGACCUGUUCCUGGUGGAGAGCGUGCUGCGCGCGCGCGGCCUCGGCGUGCGCGACUGGGCCGCGCUCUACCGCGACCUGCCGUGCAGGCAGCUCAAGGUCACCGUGCAGGACCGAAAUGUAAUCUCAACGACUGAUGCGGAACGACAAUGCACGUCUCCCGAGGGUUUACAAACAAAGAUAAACGAGCUAGUAUCGAAGUACACGAGCGGUAGAUCGUUUGUCCGGGCGUCCGGUACUGAGGACGUCGUGCGAGUGUACUCUGAGGCGGAUACGCAAGAGUCAGCGGAUAAAUUGGCAGCAGAAGUCGCCCAAGCAGUUUUCGAUUUAGCCGGAGGAGUCGGUGAUAGGCCGGAAUUACCUGAAUAGUUUAUUUAAUAUCUACGUUAUAGUGAUCUGAAAAUAUAAUAAAUCAUUACUGAUACGAACCAAUUGGCGAAGUACUUUCUAGACAUUUUCAUUACAUUUCAUCUUAUUUUAAUAGUCAUUUAUAAACACUAUAAAUCAUUAGUAUUUAGACGACCAAGUAGAAAACAAGUCCUUAAAGUUACAUUUAUUCCUUUGGCAUUAAAAUAUAUUAUUAUUCUAUACGUAUUUAGAUAAAUAUUAAAACGACUACAUAACUUAUUAACUAAUUUGGUAAUCAAAAUAUGUAUUGUAUUCUAAUAUGGAUGACGUACAUGAAUUAGGAUUUAAAAAAAAAUUAAGUAAUGAUUGAUAUAAGCUGUUUUACUUCUGAAUGGAGCCACGAUAUCAAGUGCACUCUGACGACUGUCGUAGUGUAUUUCAUUAUACGUAGUUAAUUUUUAGAUUCGAUUUUAUUAGUGAAAAAAAGUAUAUCUCAAAUUCAAUUUUUAAAAAAUGUACGGGACACUAUUAUUACACGCGAAUUAGCUGUUGUGCAAAUUUUUAUACGAACUUCUUGAAAUAUGGAUUAGACAUGGAUUAUUAAAAUACAUAUCUGUACAAGAAUUCGUUUGAAUCAAAAUUAAAUAUAUUAUUCGAGCUUCCAUCUUGCUCAUUUUGUAUUGUAAAAUGGCACCAAAAGUUAGAUAUCUUCACAAAAAUUUAUUUGCAACAAAAUUAAAUAUAAUAUUUGGGCGAUAUGAGCAAUAUUUUAUUUUAUAUAAUGCCACAGAAACGUAUAUUGUUUGUAAGUUCCGAGACUUGCGAAAUGGAGUAAAUGUAACUUUAUUUCUCACCGUCCAAUUUAUUAAAGAAUUUGAGAGCACUGAAUAAUAAUAAAAAACUUUGAUCAAUGAUGUUUGUGAAAGUAACUAGUCUGACGAGAUUAUGAACAGUACAACGCUUUACUAGUCGGGUAUUUUCUGCAUUAAAUUGCCUUAUUUAAUUUUAUUGUGUUAUUUUUAUGCACAAAAGUUUUAUAAAAAAAAUGGUUGUAUGAAAAAAUAAUAUAAAAAAUGCUAUAGCUCUCUUUGUAUAAUGGUCGAAAUAGUAUUUUCAGUAAUAUAAUAUGUAGUCAAUUAACAAACCAAAAUCAAGUUUAAUUUAUAGAAAAUUUAUUUUAUUGGUAUGUACUAUGUGUGUGACUUCUUUAAAUACGAUCUAUUAAGAAUAAAACUUUUAUUAAGGACAUGUUCAGUCCAGAAGAGAAACUUGAGGUAAACAAAAUAACGAAAAAUAAAACAAAAGAAAUGGUUAUUAGAAUAUAAAAUAAAAAUAUAAUAUCACAAUUUAUAAUUAAGUUUACAUGCAAUUUUGAAAAGGGAUCAGUGAAUGUUACUUUAAAAGUAACAUAUGUAUUUAUUGAAGGUCUUUACCACACGACGUCAAAUAAAACUACAUAUUAAUAAACAUGUUUUAGUAACAGUAAAAUUAUAUUCACGCUUGCUUAUAUGCUUUAUCACGUCGAAAUAAAUAAAAAAAAAAAUUGACUACAAAAAAUAUUUCUUAAACUGUUAUUAUUUUACUUUGACCAAAUAACAAUGUUUAUUAUUUUGAUCCAGUCUUUAAAUAUUCAUUUUGCUAGAUUGAAAAAAGCCUCAUGUGCUAAAGACCUAAAACAAUGGUAACUUGUAAUAGGGAUUUUGAUUAUUAAAAAUAUAUACUUUAAGUUCAUGUAAAAUAAAUAUAAACAAAUUUAUACUAGAAGUUUUGAAUUUAUUUUAAAUAAAUAACGUAAUUAUUUUUUUCACCUAACUACACUUUAAAAUAAAUAAAAAAUAAUAUAUGCGGUAUAAUUCCAGUUACAGAUCUUUAAUAUUAAGAAAAAUAGUAUAAACAUUUUCCUAGGCAGCUAAUUUUUAUUUCUUACAUUGAAUUUAUGAUUAAAGUGUUAAUCUUAAAAUUAAUUCCAUACAGCAUUUGAUAAUUUAUGUAAAAAACAUAGUUGGGCAACUAUUUUGCUCGUUUGUUUUAUUUAUUUACGAAUGGUUACGUUGACAUGCUUAAAAACAUUUUAUCAAAACUGCGAUAAAAUUACGAUACGAAUAUUUGUGACACAUUUAUCGCUUUUAUAUUUUGAUCUAGGUGUGGUUAAUCUCAAGCAUGCGAUAAAUUAUUUUUACGGAAAACAUCACGAGUCAUAUUUAGUUAAUUUAUUUUUAGCAAAUUAUUCAAAAUGUCACAAAAAUAUUUUAAAUUGAAAAUAAAAAUAAUGUUUGAAUUAUAUAGAAUAGGUGCUAAAAGAAAUGUUAUGCCUUAUUCUGAUUGUGAAGCAAAAUCUAUUUUUGAAAUUCUAUCCUCUACAUUAUAAUUUUAUAUUAUUGUCUAAUAUUUUUUAUGUGCAAUUGUGUGUUCAAAUCGUUUAAUUCAUGCUGUACUGUUAUAUUUCAAUAAAUCAUUAAUAUUAUUAUUA